CAACCAAGCAAUGUGCCUUAAAAUACCCGUUUCGCACCUCUACCGGCCGCAUGAUACUUGUACGAGUGGUUUUCACUGCCGAGACAUCGAUUUUCCAGCAAUGCUUGCAGCACUCAUCUCCUGUGUGGCAGCAGCCUCAGCAAUAGCACCACCGCAAGUCACGAGCGCCCGCACAGUAGCGCAGCACUUGUGGACGACGAGGCAACUCUUCGAUACAGACAUCCAUGCCAUUGUGCAAUGCGGCUCCGGCCCGAGCGAGUACAGGCUCGCGUACAUGCCAUGCCGCAAUCGGGGGGAGAUCAUCAGAUUAAUGCUCGAAGAAUCCAAGUGCUCUUACGAGCUCGAGGUCGUCGGUUUUCGUGCGUGGGCUCGGGAUGUCAAAAUGACGACGCCGGACGGCAAAUUGCCGUGUUUGCGGAACUACGAUGGUCGGGGUACUGACCUCUGUCAAGAGCAGGCCAUUACGCGUUUUCUCGCCGACAAGCUCGGCCUCGCGGGUUCUGACGCCGCGGAGCGCGCCGCCGUCGACGCCAUGUACUGCUUCUGGUUCUCGACGCUGCGAAAUAAUGGCGUCAGUCACGACGGCGAGCACUAUUCGGUUGCUGCAUUGAAAGAGGCCGACGAGGGCCUGAGCGCAACAAGUGUGCCGCCGUACGAAGCCGUGUUCCGCCUGGACCCGCUCUCCCGCGCCGAGCGCUCGCUCGUCGCGCUGAAACGCUUCGAGGAGGUGCUCGGCGCGAGCAAAUCGGGCUACCUCGUGGGGGAAGGCGUGACGUACCCAGACUUAGGUCUCUUCUACAUACUGUACGAGUUGGCCGAGGACGACAACGUACCCGACUUCGCCGCGCGGUUCGCGCUGCCCCACUGCGGCGCGUUCCUAGACCGGAUGAGCUCGCGUUCGCAGCUCGCCGACUUCCUCACGUCGCCGCGGCGCAUGCCCCGGUACGCGCGGGACCCGUCCGGCAGCAGCACGUACCUGUACGUCGCCGGGCGCGCGUCGCCCGAGAUCUUGGAGGCGUAAAUUAACACUGAAAAAAACGGGUUUUCCAGAAAUAGCGUCGGCGCAUACUGCGUAAGUCAGAACGCCAGGGAGAGCCGGCGGUUGAACACAAACACCAAAAGCUAACGCCGACACAUUGAUAGGAGGCGC